GCUUUACGCUUUUCUGCUCUCACUGAUCACCGAGUUUCAGUCCGUUUGUUUGCGGUGGAUUAACGAAGUCUUGGAUUUAGUGAGGAAGAUGAGCAGUUUGAGGGAUGACGCUCACGCUGAACGCUCCUCGGGUGGUGUGAUGACGAGCGAGUGAUGAGCCGGUGUGAGGAAUGUCCGUCUGUCUUCUGCUGCUGGUCCUCUUCACUCUGACCGCAAACACUCAGGUGUCUUCUGGAAAAUCUCUGAAGCUGCUGCAGGAGCAAUGGAGGAUCUACACAAAUGAGUGCAUCCAGAGCUUCAUCAGCACACCGCCGGCCGCAGGACUGGUGUGUAACAGGACGUUUGAUCAGUACGUGUGUUGGCCCGAUGGAUCGCCGGGCACCACGGUUAACGUGUCCUGCCCGUGGUACCUGCCCUGGUACCGGAAAGUUCAUCGGGGGUUGGUUUACCGCGUGUGCAGUGCUGACGGCAGAUGGGCUCAUGGGAAAAACACCAGCGAGUGUGAGCAGGAUGACCCUGGACAGAAGCAGUACGGUCAGAUCCUCAGCAAGUUCAGAGCCAUGUACACCGUCGGAUACUCACUGUCUCUGGCAGCACUGACUCUCGCGCUGGCCAUCCUGAUCAGCUUCAGGAAGCUGCACUGCAUGAGGAACAACAUCCACAUGAAUCUGUUCGGCUCCUUCAUCCUGCGCGCCGUCUCCAUCCUCGCCAAAGACGCGCUGCUGGAUCAGAUGAACAGCGCUCAGAGCGGCCCGCAUCACUUCCAGGGGCAGCGCUGGGUCAGCGCUCAGACGGUGAGCGGCUGCCGUGCUGCGAUGGUGAUGAUGCAGUACAGCGUCAUGGCCAACAACUACUGGCUGCUGGUGGAGGGUCUGUAUCUGCACAGCCUGCUGGUCAUCACCGUCUUCUCCGAGAGGAACUACUUCUACAUUUACCUCUGCAUCGGCUGGGGUGCGCCGCUCAUAUUUGUGCUGCCGUGGAUGACAGUCAAGUACCUGUAUGAAAAUGAAGAAUGCUGGGAAAGGAAUAUCAACAUGGGCUACUGGUGGAUCAUCCGUUCUCCCAUUCUGUUUGCGUAUCUGAUUAAUUUCAUUAUAUUCAUUCGUAUAAUAAAGAUCCUGAUGUCCAAGCUGAAGGCGCAUCAGAUGAGAUACACCGACUACAAGUUCAGGCUGGCCAAGUCCACGCUCACACUGAUUCCUCUGCUGGGAAUUCACGCCAUCCUCUUCACCUUCGUUAUCGAUGAGUCCGUGCCGAAGGAGUCUCUUCUCAGGCUGAUCCGCCUCUUCUACGACCUCCUGUUCAGCUCCUUCCAGGGUCUGCUCGUGGCCAUCCUUUACUGCUUCGUCAACAAAGAGGUCCAGAGCGAGAUGCUGAAGAAGUGGAAGAGGUGGAAACUAGGCAAGGACAUCGAGGAAGAGUACCGUCACACCCACAGCCAGACGCCCCAUGCCAAAAGUGGCAGCAUGGCCCCGGCGAUGACCCACGAAUGCCCCGAAACCCCAGAGCUGGCAGCCACGGCCUCGGCAGAGUCCCAGCGUCUGGUGACGGGCCUUCAGAACGGAAUGAACUGGAACCGGGGACGCGUGAGGCUGCAGUUGACCGCCGAGCCACAGGAGGGCGCUAGUAACUGCAGCUCUCUGACAGAAGACAUUUGUCUGGAAGAGCGUCCCCUCAACAGUGAGUGCUCAGCAGCGGUGACAGAAACCAGUGUUUGAGGAACGUGACACUGAUGGCUGUUUUUAACACUUAUGGAUCAAUGAAAUGAUAUUACAUUCCAGAUGUGGUCUUCAUGUUACCAAACAGGCCUCUAUCAUGUGAAAACAUGUUCUAGUAACCUUUAAAAACAAACCGCAGUUAUCUCCUGAGUUGGUAAAUUACCAAAUAGUAUUAUAAAGCAAUAAGCCCCAAGAAGCCGUGGUUUACAGUGAAUUUAUAACAGCUAAGGGGCGUUGUUAGGCACGACGCGAAGCGGAGUUAGCUGUUAUAGAUUCACUGUAACCCACGGCUUCACGGGGCUUAUUGCUUUUAUAAAAUGGUUAUUCCAUAUACGUAGUUAGGUUUCAC